AUAAAUAGACUAGUUGUGUCUUGAACGUCGACCUGAUAGUCUUGGAGAUGUUCGCAGUAACAUAUGUACUUACAGAAAAUAUAACAAAUGAUCACACUAACUACACUAGUGUGUCCGCAGCCGUUAAAAGGGGAUAAUGCACGUCGAUAAUUGUUUUGAAAUCUCGGAGAGAAUUUUUGGACUGUAAAGCUGUCUUUAGUGCGACUUUUCAUCAGCAGCUACUUGAUAAAGGCGGUGACACACACUGCCUUGUAGAAGAGUCCCUUACCAGUAAAGGCGGGGCCACCCGCGCGUACAGCACUCGAUACGCACGUGCCUGCGCUUUCUGGACAUGGACGCGACACAGAAUCGCUGCAUCAAGUUCCUCAUUAUCUUCAAUAUAGUCCUCAGCGUCUUUGGUGCCGUAAUUGUUGCCAUUGGCGUCUGGUUAAAGCUAACCACCUCCCAGGUGAUAACGACACUGAGCUACGUCACCAGCCAGCUGUCCACCAAGGACCUCUUCGACAUUCCCAUAUUUCUCAAGUACGCCUCUACCAUCAUCAUUUCCGCCGGUCUCUACGCCAUCUUCAUCUCUCUCUUCGGCUUCUGCGGCGCAAUGAUGCGGAUGAAGUAUCUGCUGUAUGUCUACGCUCUGAUCCUCUUCGCCUCCCUGCUGUUGCAGGUCGGGCUAGGAAUUCUGGGCUUGGUGCACAAAGACAAGAUCGUCGCGCGCGCUCGCCACGCUAUUUUCCAGAGUCUGCGUGAAACCUACCGAGGCCCUGGCGCCACAGGGGAGCACAAGGACUACUCAUCCAGCGUCGACUUCCUGCAGGUGGCGCUGCAGCUUCCACUAGAACUCUAGUCCUCUAAGCUGCCAGCAUUUCCCACACGUCGCAAUAUUUCUGUUAAGUUCAAAUGCUGCGGCAUCAAGAACGGAAACGACUUUCCAAUUCAACGAGUGGAACCGUAACUAUGAGCGGACAGACACCCACAGGACGGUGGUGACCGUGGUGCCCUACACCUGCUGCAAGCUGGCCCCCGGCACUACCGUGACUACUGCCAAUGUAAGCACCGUGUACCGCCUGCUGGCCGACCCCGCUUGCCCGCAGUUGCCCACCCCUAGCAACAGCUACGUCCAACAGGGCUGCUUCGACAUCAUCGUCGAUUUCUUCAGCCUGUACAUCAGGAUUCUGUUAGUCGUGCUCUUCACCCUCGCCCUCCUUCAGCUUGUGGGCCUCAUCUGCGCUCUCGUCCUGGCUCUGCGUCUGCAGCGCUUCGACGAGAUGAUCACUAACUGGUGAAGAGAGAAUACUUGAUGACAUAACUCAUUGGGGACGAGACAAUAUUGGAUGACAUGACUGGGGACAAGACAACACUUGAAAACAUGACUAACUGGCGACGAGAUGAUCACUUUACUAACGGUGAUCAGAUGAUCACUAAGUGGUGACGAGGUGCUUACUAAACGUAUAACUAACUGGUGAUAGUAUAACUUUGACGGGUAGAUCCCUACAUAGCUAACAAGAUAACUCGAUGUUGCCAUUAACAACUGGUAGCUAGAUGACCAUUAACUACAGGAUGUCCGUUACUACAGGAUUGCUAACGGGUGGUGAGACUGGUCACAAACUGGCGACGGGAUAAUCUCUAAUGACGAGAUGGUCACAAACUGAAGAUUGAAGGACUACUCAAAGUUAAGAUAAUAAGCGAUUGGCGAUGAGAUGUUACUUAGAGGUGUUACGAGACAAUUGGUGACAAUACGGGGAAGAUUGUGACUGGUGACAAGAUAACUGAGGAUGAGGACUGGUGACGACAGGCUACUUGUCAGAAAAGGAAUCCUGAUUGGUGAGACCAGAUUCGACCUUCUAGUGUCUCAACAGACGAUUGUUUACACCUGUAUGUUCCUAUGGCUAUAAACCCCCCAACAAAGCCAUAUAAAAGACGAAUUAUAAAA